AUUAUUUGCUGUCAAAUGUGGAGGCUGCUUCGAAGCCAUUGCACCCAAUGAGUUUGUCAUGCGUGCCCAGAAGAGCGUGUACCACCUGAGCUGCUUCUGCUGCUGUGUCUGCGAACGACAGCUGCAGAAGGGGGAUGAGUUUGUCCUGAAGGAAGGCCAGCUGCUCUGCAAAGGUGACUAUGAGAAGGAGCGGGAGUUGCUGAGCCUGGUGAGCCCAGCGGCCUCAGACUCAGGAAAAAGUGAUGAUGAAGAGAGUCUUUGCAAGUCAGCCCAUGGGGCAGGGAAAGGAACAUCAGAGGACGGCAAAGACCACAAGCGACCCAAACGUCCUAGAACCAUCUUGACAACCCAGCAGAGGAGAGCAUUCAAGGCCUCAUUUGAAGUAUCCUCCAAGCCCUGCAGAAAGGUGAGAGAGACUCUGGCUGCGGAGACAGGCCUGAGCGUCCGUGUGGUUCAAGUGUGGUUCCAGAACCAGAGAGCCAAGAUGAAGAAGCUGGCCCGGCGGCAGCAGCAACAGCAACAGGAUCAGCAGAACACUCAGAGGCUGAGUUCUGCCCAGACAAACGGCGGUGGGAGUGCGGGAAUGGAAGGGAUCAUGAACCCCUACACAGCCAUGCCUACCCCACAGCAGCUGCUGGCUAUUGAGCAGAGUGUCUACAAUGCUGACCCAUUCCGACAGGGUCUCACUCCACCUCAGAUGCCUGGAGAUCAUAUGCACCCCUAUGGUGCUGAACCCCUUUUCCAUGACCUGGAUAGUGAUGACACUUCCCUCAGUAACCUGGGUGACUGCUUCCUAGCCACAACAGAAGCAGGGCCCCUGCAGUCCAGAGUGGGAAACCCCAUUGACCAUCUGUACUCCAUGCAGAAUUCCUAUUUCACCUCUUGAGUCUUCUAGAAUUCUGUGGCUGGGCUCCCAUAUGGAAC